AAAACAUAUCGACAGUGAUUUUAAUUUUGAUUCAGUUUUAGGAUAACUUCCAACUUAUCACAAACGGAUAUUUCUCCGGUUAAUAUGAAAAAUGGUUUGAAGUCCGGCGUUGAAAUAGGCUCCACGAUUUGAAGCGUAUAAAGUAAGACAAUAAGUCGAAUUAAAGCUAUCCCUGCUCCCCAACCCUAGCACAGUUGCAUUCAGCUUUUCAAUUGAAUAUUACCCAUCUUCUUCAUCAUCAUCUUUAAUGGCAAAGAGAUCCAUGAGGUCCUUAUCCGACUUACCCGAAGGAAUGAUCACAGAAAUACUCAUCAGACUUCCCGAGAAAUCAGUGCUGAUAUGUAAGUCCGUUUGCAAGCCAUGGCUAUCCACCAUCUCGAACCCUGGUUUCAUGAAAUAUCAAAUCCAGCAUGCCAUGAAUAACCCUAAUACUUUGCUAGUCAUCAAAAAUUAUGCCCUCGGAGAUGAAAAGAGAGGUACAUUUACGACACUAGACAUGUUUCCUAAAGUUAAAAGUCUUGUUAUGCCAAGUAUGUUCUCUCAAUUUCCAGUUGUUGGUUACUCUAAUGGCAUUGUUUGUUUAGAAAAUAUCUCGAAUUAUGCUAUUUACCUCUGGAAUCCGACUAUUAGGCAGUACAAGAAAAUCGAUGCUCCUUUUCGAUGCAGAUUCAACUAUAAGUUAGGUUUUGGUUUUGAUUCUAUUUCUAACGACUACAAGGUAUUUGGUAUUGUGUAUGAAACAUGGACUGCCGUUAUACCUUUAGUCUUUGUGUAUUCGGCAAAUGCCGAUAGUUGGAGAAAAUUUCAAGAUCCUGUUCUGGAAAAACUCAAUCCAAUAUACAAGGAUUGUCAUGUUGUUGCAAAAGGUGUACUCUAUUUCUACAACAGGAAUGAGCUCAUCUCUUUUGAUUUGCACAAAGAGGUUUUUGGACUAGUUCCGUUCCCUAGCUUAGAUCCAAGAAAGAUGUCACACAUCUUUGAUUAUGAAGGUUCUGUUGCUCUGUUCUUCCACUCUGAUGGUAAUGGAGGAUCUGAUCUAUGGACGUUGGAUGAUGCUUCUCACCAGGUGUCUUGGUCUAAAAAAUGCAACAUUAAUCUAAUGACCGAGGAAUAUGGGUGCUCUAUAAUGCCACAUUGUUAUUUGGGUGAAGGACAGUUUUGGGGACUGUCACUUGUCGAUGUCAAUGUCCCUGUUGAAGAUAGCAUCUUCCACUACAUCUUGUAUAACUCCGACAAGAGAAAGGCCAAAGGUUAUGGCCUAAGAGAAGAGGGUGUUCUUGCUACUCUACAAUACACGGAUACACGUGUUACAUUUGAUGGUUUUCAACCACUGGAGGAAAAUGCCAACUAAAUCAAUUUCGAGGAAAUAACAUCGAGAGAUGAAUUAAGAGUGUCAUGAUUUUGCUGUGCUUUCAACGAGCCCUUUUUGGAGAAAGUAAAUUAAGCAUCAUUCCAUAGGGGAUUAAUUUUGAUGCUUUUGCCUGUUGCAGGAUGUCAUAUAUCAUUUAUAAGCUACGCUCAACAUGAGAAGUGAAGUGUGAUUAGUUGCAGAUUAUUUGCAAUCUUUGUUUGGUUUAUGCUUCAUAUUCAAGUGUAAGAACUUAAUGCCCGACUUUAAUUACUGGAACAUAUAUGGCCAGAUGCAUUCUUAUAAGUAACCGAAGUACUAAAUGUACAUCCUUGCAAUGGCCAGAGUACCUGCUUGUUUACGUUUUUGAAUGGUAUUAAUAUUUUUGAUGGUUUUGGGUUGUUUGAUCA